AUGGCUGCGAUGCAAGCAAACCCCGGAAUGCGCCCCGUUAACAUGGGAAUGCACAUGCAGCAGCAAAUGCCCCAUGGCCAGCCGCAAAACCUCCAGCAGCAGCAAUUCUUUGCCAUUCAGCAGGCGCAACAGCCAAAUAACGGGCAGCCGGGCCAGCAUACACCGCAACGGGCAUCUGCGCAACCGCCGAACAUGCACGAAGCGCAAAGCGCCACUCCCCAGUCGCAGCAUGGCCCACCACCAGGGAGCGGUACACCGCAGCCCUCCCAGCCUGCUCAGACUCCCUCUAACCAACCACAACCGUCGCAGGGACUGCCCCAAGGCCAGGCAACUCCGAACCCCCCGCCACAGCAACUGCCUCAGGCCCAACAGCCAAAUCAACAAGGACAACCCGGUCCGCAGUCAACUCCUCAGGGCGCACAGCCCCAGCCAGGCCAACCCGGUCAGCCACAAGGCCCUCAACACCCACAGAUGAUGUCACAGGACGCUCAAUUGAAAGCGCAACAGCACCAGAAUGCUCUCAUGAUGCAGCAAAGGAUGAAACAGACAGGGCAGUCAAUUUUGACCCUCUACAGCUAUGCCGAGGUUUUGAGUAAUUUCCAAUCUCGGGGCGAGGCACAUGAUCUUUCAUACUGGCAGACCUUUGUCGAGCGCUUCUAUUCUCCUGGAGGUGUGUUGCGACAGGGUGUCUGGAACAACACCGCUGGGUCUAAACAAUUCGAAAUUGCGACACCUGCCCUUGCGCGUUACUACCUGACCCAGUUCACCAGCGGAAUCACUCAAAUCCAGAUGUGUGUGGAAGCUGCCCGUGAGCGGGAGUCUGGCAAUGGAGGUCAUAUUGUGGAGAGCGGCAAAACCUCAUUCGUUUAUUGGUUCAAGAAUGAGUGCCAGCUCUUCGCAAAUGGCACACUUCGUGCGUAUUUCGAUGUCAACAACAGGCUUGAGAUGCUUGAUAUUAACGUUCUCAAUCAUAACGAGUUCAUCCCUCGGUCUCUGCUGCUGGCCAUGGAGGCCGACUCGCAGAAGCAAAGCCCCAAGGUCCCUAAAAAUGCAAAGCGCGCUCAGCAGAAGCCCACGCCAUCAUUAUCGCUCCCGGACUCCAUGGUGACCGCCAAUGGUGUUCCUACUCCGGUGAUGGGCUUCUUGGAGGUGGCUGAGACCAUCUCUCAAAUGCAGAUGCUGUUCCAAUUCUCGCAGUCAAACCCGCAGCUAACACCUCCUGAUGCAUUGCGGAAUCUCGUCAACACUCUCCAAACGCAAAACCCCAACCCAGGCUUUGCGCCAGGCCCCAUGAACCCGGGUAUGCAACCUAUGCAAAAUGUUCGAGGGCCUAAUAUGAACGCCCCGUCGCAAUUCGCCUCACCGGCUAUGGCACAUCUUGGCUUGCCUGGGCAACAAGGCUCGCCUCAUCUGACUGGCUCAGCGCAUCCAAGCCCUGCCCAAAGCAACCUCACUGGUCCUCCAGGAAUGCAACCACCAAUGCAGCCAUCCCCCGCUGGUGUGAAUAACAGUCCAAAUGUAGGUGGCAACAAACGUCGCCGGGCAAGCACGGUCAAAAUGGAGUCUGAGGAUGGUGGUGGAGUCGAGGCUAACGGCGCACUCCAACAGGGCUCAGCGAAAGUUAAGGCUAGCCCCCGGGUGCCGAAACGACAAAAGGGCGCCGCCGCCUGA